AUGAACCGUUUCCGCAAGAAUAAGAAGAAGGACCCGGAGGAGUCGGAGCAUACGUCCUCGGCUAAGCCCUUCAGCCUCAAAUCUAAAAAGAAGAACGUCGAAGAGCCCAAGCCGGAGCUGGACCUCUCGGCCGCUCUGCCUCGUCGGAUGAUUUCAGAACCAGUUUACUCAUGCCCAAGCUGUCGGCACGACGAUCCCGAAUCAAAGAUCGGGAAGGCUAGUGACGACAGUGUAUUGUUCCCCCGACGAGCUUCGCGAUUGAACUUAUUCAGCCACGCGCCGGCAAUGUUGACAGAUAUUGAUGAGACCGAAUCAAAUGAUGGCAGCCGACCAUCAUUCGCCAAAGGAAGAUCGGGCUCGUUCGUUGAUCACGGAGAUGGUGGAUAUGGAACCGACGACGACCGUUCAGUGCAUAGCAGUAUAAUGAGUCGAGCCCGCCGAGUCGAGGGAAAUAAUUUAUUCGGUGGUCGCCAGAAGGUUUACCGAAUUCCGGUGCGAUCUUCUGGCGGGUCUCCUGCAGCAGAGAGUCCAGUAGAGAGUGGGAAGCCUGUGUACGAUCACGACUUACAUCUGUCUGCUUUUCAACGUUUCAGACUCCAGGAGAAGGAUAGGAAAGACAGACUUGCGGUGGACUCAGCCUAUGAACUUACCACCCCAGAGUUCGAUGACAGUCAGUCGACGGCGUCAUCUGCGAACCGCACAACUCAGUCCUCAACAGCUUCUGCUCCUAUGAAUGUGCCUUCUUCUGCAACCUCUACCGAUGAUACCCAAUCUGCUACUCAAACCCCGGCCUUGAUGCACAAUGCCUCGGCACUGGACGAGUUGCGACCAUCCUCAGGGCUGUCAAAUAACAAUAUCAAGCCUAGCUCGGUCAGGGCUCGUCGUUUGUAUGGCCAGGGCUUGAACCAGGCAGUGCAGAACCAGCAAAACUCCGCCCUACAUCGCUUAGAAAAUUUGAGCCGUCAACGUGCUGGUACCCCCGAACUUCCGCCAAUGACCCGCAAUUUCUCUCGCAGCGCAACCAAUUUGCGUGAUCGUUUGCAAAAGCUUUCCACGACUGAGGCAGGGCCGGCAUCUCGCCCAAGCAGUCCGCCUUCCUCCGCAACAUCACCGAAGCAGGCCACAAUCCCGGAUAUCACCCCCAGAGAGCAUGUCUCUCCAACGGCUGCUGCCUUCGGAGUACCGCCUCUCAGCCCACCCUCCAGUGAAACGGGCGAGGGCACCCAACUCCUUGCUGCUGCGCUCAACCCUGAAGAUCAUGGCAAAGCCACUGCUAUGGGGCUCUUCAAUAGGCCGGCAACUGGUUUCGAUGAACAGCAAUUCUCUCGUCGCCAAAUGCAAAUGCACCAAGGACGAGACACUCCACCUCCGCGGCAAUCCCCUCCUCGUGCUUUGAACCAGGAGCCAAUGAGCGGUAGACCCCGGGGCUUAUCGAAAUCUAGCUUCCGCUCAAGAGCCGAGUCUGCUUCUUCGCACUACAGCAGUGAUGCCCAUCACGUUGGACAUUCCAGAGAGUCCAGUCUAGACGUAUCCGCUCAGCAGCAUAACCCGCAGUCGUUCUAUGCGGAGUCCACUACUAGCGAGUCCGAUAACGAGAGAGAGGACCGCCAGGAGCGUCGUUCUCGCCGUUCCUAUGUCAUUUCAUCAGCCACGUCUCUGGCCUCGGACUAUGCCUUCUCGCUCCAGCAGACCAGCGCCACCUCUAAAUCGCCUAUAUCAAAUAGUGAUCAACUUGAGACGCUUCCAGAGGUCCGGUACUCAGACCUUAGAGAUCUAAAGCCGAUCGUAGAGAACGAGAUUGCAGCAGAUGCCCCGGCCAUGGAUGGAGCUGUCACCCCCGAGCGACCGGAUUCCCCAACGAUUCAACCCGGUGGUUUCCAUCUCAAUGGAAUCCGAUCUCAUCUUCGUUCCGCAAGUGAUCGGUCGUCUAUCUUCCCUCCCCCGUCUCCUGCCUUCCCCCCAGCGGACGAUUCGAAGGAUGAUACAAUCGAAGCGUCUGUCGCCGAAACCCCAAGCCCUAUUGCGGACGAUCAGUACUUUGCUCACGACUCAAGGCCUAUUUCGCCUCUGGAAGACAAUACCUUCGCAUCCCGCCAAGCGGUCGCCGAGCCGGUUCAAGAACCUGAGCCACUUACAGAGUGUGUGGAAGGCACAACCCCUGGAUCUAUUGCGGGUUCUUCUUUCGAACCAGUUUCUGAUACUACCGAGCAAGCUGCCGAGCCUGCUGCAGUGUCUUCUCGUGACCCAUUUCAUGAGCAAAAUUUAUUAGACAUUCAUACGCCACUGCGUGAGUCUGUUGAAGAGACAGCACACCGGAACAGUGGGGAUGCAAGCAGUCAAGAAGCCCCAGGCACGGCCUGGGACUUUGCCUAUGGAAAGCCGAAGGAAGACGGCAGUGAGCCGGAUCCGCUUCCUCGAGCACCUUCACCUCGCACCCUUAUUCGGGAGGCAAUUCGAGGCCACGCAGAAAGCAUCAGCAGGCCAAGCAGUCCCAUGUCCAUGUCUGGCCGGGACACACCUGACGCUGGGCGCAAAUUCAAGCCCGGGAAUGCUUUUGCCUUGCUAAAGAGCAAGUCUAGCAAACACAACCUGUCAAAACGCGAACCAAAACAUGAUCACAUGUACGGCUUGGACACUGCAUCCACUCCGACUCUGAACCCCGGGGGAUCAUCAGUGCAGGAUGACGUCCGGCCGCCGUUCGCUCUUGGCCUGCAAGGCAACUCAAGCGCUCCACAGGUCGUCUCAGAGCGCCCAGCGCUAUCUGAACGUCCGUCUCGACCACGCAUGCCCACUCUCAGCCGCGAGGUGUCUCAUGAAUCAAGUCGCAGUCGGGCUACAUCGCCUUCCGGCCUGCCAGUCCCGCGCGGCCGUACGGGCUCCGAUGCUUCUGGCCGUUCGAAGAGUCGCACUCGACUUCGUGAACGCGAACGCGACGACCUGGAGACUGUGGACGAAGGGUCAGUGAUCGCGCACGAUAACUUCGUCAUGCCCGACAACUACGAGCCCCCGGUUCCUUUCUCCCCUCCAGGUUCCGCUCGCCCCUCCAUGGAAGUCGAGCCCCUAGCUUUCGAUCGAUCCCCAUCGGCAGCUUCAGGCCGCUUCCGCAGCGCCAGCCGAUCGGGGACCCCCAACAACUUCCACUACGAAAAGGGAACACCAUUCCAACUUCCCGCGAUUCCAACUCCACCUGCAGUGAUUGGAGCCCCGCGCCCGUCCCCUGCCACUCCUGCAUAUUCAGCAAACGCGACGCCACCCCUCGAUGAGAUUAACAGCGGAGACUCUUCGCCCAACGCCGAGAGCCCCCAAACUCUGCCCCAGAGAGCCUGCCUUGCUUCACAAGCGCACUGUCAACAAGAAGCAGAUAUCCGAGCCAACUUUCGUGUCAACAACCUCGAACGUUCCCACCGUGGGCUUGCCUGGAGGAGCCCCCCCCCACUACCCCCAAUGAACCCUCGCCGCCGCCGUGGCACUCAAACAAUACUCAGCGCUUUCAACCGUGACUCUCGUGUCUCUUCAGUCGCCCCUAGCGUAACAGAUGAUCAGAGUGUCUUUGAGGCGAGUGCAUUUCCCGAGGAUGAGAAGCGCCCCAUGUCCCGUGGUCUUCUACGCAAGACCUCAAGCGAGAGCAGCAAUCUCAACACAAGAGCCAUUAAAGAACAAUCUACUCAUCCCUUCCCUCCGGCCCCUGAAGCACCCGCAUAUCCUCCUCCUCCUAUCCCUGCGGAUGGCGGCAUGUUCUAG